AUGUCUGAUAUGUGGAUCAAAGUCAGGGAGGAAGAGGAGGAAGAUGAAGAGGAUGUUCAUCCUCCUCCUAGUGAUGUGAAGUCCGGCUCCAGCACUUUACCUCCCAUCAAAUCCAAAACCAACUUCAUCGAAGCCGACAAGUACUUCCUGCCGUUCGAGUUGGCCUAUUUGAAGAAGACCCUUGCAGUGCUGCUGGAUAACAUCAUGCUGAGGCUCGGUAAGCUGGAGUCCAAGGUGGAAAACAUCUACAACAGCACGGGGAGCAACCUGACCAUCGGCACCGGCACCAUCGUACCCAGCGCCACUAACUCAGAGAAAGUUAACGUGGCAGACCUCCUCAAUGGAGCCCAGGAGAAGUGCGAGCUGCCGCCUAUGGAGGGUUUCCCACACUGCGAGGGCAAGGUCACGUGGAUGAAGGACAUGUGGCGCUCUGACUCCUGCUAUGGAAACUAUGGCGUUGACGGAUCCACCUGCUCUUACUUCAUCUACCUGAGCGAGGUGAGGUGUGUGUGUUAUUAUCAUAUAUGUAAAUAUGAUGUAUAUAUAUUUAUCUGUGUGCAGGCGGAGGUGCGGACCAGUUUCGAGGAGCUUUACCGCGUCAUGUCUGCGCGCGAGGACUUUCGCUGGAUGAUGCUGAGGAUCAAACGCAUGGCCGAUCCGUGGGUCAGCGCCAUUCGCUCGUUGGCCAGCAAGCAGAACCUGGUCCCGCGCCGCAGGAAGAAGGUCCUGGUUCAUUUGGGUCUGCUGACCAAGGAGUCGGGCUUCAAAAUUGCCGAAAACGCGUUCAGCGGAGGCCCGUUGGGGGAGCUGGUGCAGUGGAGCGACCUGAUCACCACGCUGUAUCUUCUGGGACACGACGUCCGCAUCUCCGCCUCUCUGGCCGAGCUCAAAGAUAUUAUGCGAAAGGUCAUGGGGAACAAGUCCAGCUGCCCGACCCAGGGUGAUAAGGUGGUGGAGCUGAUCUACAUCGACAUCGUGGGCCUCACGCAGUUUAAGAAGACACUGGGGCCGUCCUGGGUGCAUUACCAGUGAGUAC